UACAUAUCCCCGUUUCCAAAAAAGUUGGGAAAAUUAUUUUAUUUAACAGAAGGUGGUGCCAUAUGCCUCUCAGUAGCUUCGUAUGAGAUGAGGUUAGUACUGUGUUCUGCAUGUGGAAACUUCUUCCUGUAGUUAGUCUGUUCAGUCCUUCUCUUUCACUGGAGCUCAGAUCCACAUUCAACCUCAAUGGCAAGCAAAAAGAAAGCCUCAGAUUUGCUUCCAGAGUACAAGAUGGACUACAAGCAACGAGGAACCGCCCUCAUCUUCAACCAGGAACGCUUUUUUUGGAAGUUAAGACUGAAGCAGCGUAGUGGCACAGCUAAAGACAAAGAAGACCUCACUAAAAGAUUUCAACAGCUAGGGUUUCACGUGGAACCAUAUGAUGAUUUAAACAAGAAGAUCAUGAUGGAGAAAUUACGAGAAGCUGCUGAAGCUGACCAUACAGAUGCCGACUGCUUUGUGUGUGUUUUCCUGAGUCAUGGGGAAGAGUCCCAUGUUUUUGCACAUGAUGACAUGGUUGAUAUUAAGGAAAUAACAGCACUCUUCAGGGGAGACCAGUGCAAAAGCCUUGUAGGAAAGCCCAAGAUCUUCAUCUUCCAGGCAUGCCGUGGGGACAUCACUGAUAAUGCUGUGGCUGGGAUGGCCCUAGAUGAGAUGUCCAAUGCGGUGGAGGAAGAUGCUGCCAGUGUCUACACACUUCCAGCAGGGGCAGAUUUCCUCAUGUGCUACUGUGUAGCUGAGGGAUUCGCUGCCUUUCGCCACACAACACUUGGCUCAUUCUACAUUCAGGACUUAUGUAAAAUCCUGCAAGAGCAAGGCUCAACUCUAGAGUUCACUGAGCUCCUGACCCUUGUGAACUUAAUGGUGUCCAGACGCGCCCAUGGACUCAAGAAACAAAUGCCCUGCUUCACCUCAAUGCUGACCAGGAAACUCUACUUCAGGCCCAAAAAGGAGUGAACAGUCAGACUCAAAACCAUAUGAUUCUUCAUAGAUUCAGAGCUUGAGAAAGGUGGAAGCGCUCAGUCUCUACUCAGGCCCAAGUCUCCCAAAGAGGAGUAAACAAUCAGAUGCAGUGCUUAGAUUUGUAUAACAUACAGCAUUUGAUUCAAUAAAUUGUCACAUUUAUA